AGGAGGGAGGCCGGGCCGUUGCCGCCGCCGGUCGUCGCCUCGUCGCAGAGCCAGCAGCCGCCCGAGUCGCGGGGUCCGGAGGGCGCCGCCGCCGCCGCCAGUCGCCACGCCGCCGCCGAGCCCCUUCGCCACCGCCAGAGAGAGCAUCUCCCUGGUCUCAUGUGGGAGCUCAGCCUGCAGAACGUCUCCUUGCAGAAGCAGGUUCCUUAGAAAGAGAGCUUGGACGGCAUGCAAAGUAGUGAAAUAUCUGCAGACAGCACUGAUGAUCCUCUUAGUAGUGGCCUACGGAAAAAACGACAGCCGCGAAUAGUAGUUAUCGGCGCGGGGCUUGCAGGCCUUUCGGCGACAAAAACUCUCCUGGAAAACGGUUUCACAGAUGUGACUGUCCUCGAAGCGUCUGACCGAAUCGGAGGCAGAGUACAAAGCGUGAAGUUUGAAAACGCUACUUUUGAACUGGGAGCUACGUGGAUCCAUGGUUCAAAUGGAAAUCCAGUCUAUCAUCUAGCAGAAGAUAAUGGCUUACUGGAAGAGACGACCGAAGGCGAGAGGAGCGUGGGCCGUAUCAGCCUCUACUCCAAGAAUGGGGUGGCAUAUCACCUCACCAACAACGGUCAAAGAAUCCCGAAAGAUGUGGUUGAAGAAUUCAGUGAUUUAUACAACGAGGUCUAUAACCUGACUCAGGAGUUCUUCCAGAGUGGUAAACCAGUCAAUGCCGAGAGCAAGAACAGCGUGGGUGUAUUCACGCGAGACGUUGUGCGCACGCGCAUCAAAGCCGAUCCAGAUGACUCGGAGGCGAUCAGGAGGCUGAAGCUCGCCAUGAUCCAGCAAUACCUUAAGGUGGAAAGUUGUGAAAGCAGCUCCCACAGCAUGGAUGAGGUCUCACUCAGUGAAUUUGGGGAGUGGACCGAAAUCCCUGGGGCCCAUCACAUCAUCCCUUGCGGCUUCAUGAAAAUAGUGGAGAUCCUGUCCCGUUCCAUCCCGGAGUCGGUCAUCCAGCUGAACAAGGCGGUCAAGUGCAUCCACUGGAACCAGUCCAUCAGCAAGGAGAUAGAGCACGUGGCCGACCACAACAGCGACCACAUCGAAGAAGAUGUGGGCUAUCACGUCUUCGUGGAGUGCGAGGACUGCGAAUUCAUCCCGGCUGACCAUGUCAUUGUGACCGUGUCGCUGGGAGUCCUGAAGAAGCACCAUGAGAGCAUGUUCUACCCUCACUUGCCUGAAGAGAAGGUGCUGGCCAUUGAGAAGCUAGGCAUCAGCACCACUGACAAGAUCUUCCUGGAGUUUGAGGAGCCCUUCUGGAGCCCCGAGUGCAACAGCAUCCAGUUUGUCUGGGAAGAUGAGGCCGAGAGCGAGAGCCUGACCUACCCCGAGGAGCUGUGGUUCAAGAAGAUCUGCAGCUUCGAUGUCCUCUACCCGCCAGAACGAUACGGCCACGUGCUUAGCGGCUGGAUUUGUGGGGAAGAGGCCCUGAUCAUGGAGAAGUACGAUGAUGAAACUGUGGCAGAGACCUGCACUGAGAUGCUGCGUAAAUUUACAGGGAAUCCAAACAUUCCGAAACCACGGCGGAUCCUGCGAUCCUCGUGGGGCAGCAACCCCUAUUUCCGUGGGUCCUACUCCUACACUCAAGUUGGGUCUAGUGGAGCAGAUGUGGAGAAACUCGCAAAGCCACUGCCUUAUACUGAGAGCUCCAAGACAGUUCCAAUGCAGGUGAUGUUUUCCGGGGAGGCCACCCACAGGAAGUAUUAUUCCACUACCCAUGGUGCUUUGCUUUCUGGCCAGAGGGAGGCAGCCCACCUCAUUGAAAUGUACCAAGACCUCCUGCAGUGCAGGAACUGAGAGGCCUGAAUUUUCAGAAGAACCACUAACUCGUGAUUCCUUUUACGGUUGUGCAUUUAAAGAAUUCUCUUCUUUCUUUCUUUCUUUCUUUCUUUCUUUCUUUCUUUCUUUCUUUCUUUCUUUUUAAAAAAACUCAUGAUAGGAACAUUUUUAUCUUUUUAUAUAUAUCUAUUUUAAAAAGUCUUAACUAUUUUAACCCGUAGUUGGGCGACUGUAGUUUAUUUCAUCAUACUGUAUUGUUAACAGGGAAGGCUGCUCUGCCUGUCUGGGUGAAAGCUGUUUCUUUCUGUGUAAUUUGAGUUCUGACUGCAUUUCUGCCAUUUAUUUUGGAAGUAUUCCUUCCACCCCCCUCCACUGUAUUGUAAGUGCCUUCUAUACUUCAAUAAAUGUUGUAAUAAUCA